CUUUCCCCCCUUCUAACUCCUUCCCCUCCUCCUUCCCCUCCCCCCUCCUCCCUCCCUGCCCCCACCUCCUUCCUCCUUUCCGAAGGGCUGGUAACUUGUUGUGCGGAGCGAGCGGCGGCGGCGGCGGCGGCGGCACCAUCCAGGCGGGCACCAUGGGCACGUCCGCGCGCUGGGCGCUCUGGCUGCUGCUCGCGCUGUGCUGGGCGCCCCGGGAAAUCGGCGCCACCGGAGCAGGAAGAAAAGCCAAAUGUGAACCCUCCCAAUUCCAGUGCACAAACGGCCGUUGUAUUACACUCUUGUGGAAGUGUGAUGGGGACGAAGACUGUGCUGACGGCAGUGACGAAAAGAACUGUGUGAAGAAGACGUGUGCUGAGUCUGACUUCGUGUGCAACAAUGGCCAGUGUGUGCCCAACCGAUGGCAGUGUGAUGGGGAUCCUGACUGUGAGGAUGGUUCUGAUGAAAGCCCAGAACAGUGCCAUAUGAGAACAUGCCGCAUAAAUGAAAUCAGCUGUGGCGCCCGUUCUACUCAGUGUAUCCCAGUGUCCUGGAGAUGUGAUGGUGAAAAUGAUUGUGACAGUGGAGAAGAUGAAGAAAACUGUGGUAACAUAACGUGUAGCCCUGAUGAGUUCACUUGCUCCAGUGGCCGCUGCAUCUCCAGGAAUUUUGUAUGCAAUGGUCAGGAUGACUGUAACGACGGCAGCGAUGAGCUGGACUGUGCUCCGCCCACCUGCGGCGCCCACGAGUUCCAGUGCAGCACCUCCUCCUGCAUCCCCAACAGCUGGGUAUGCGACGAUGAUGCAGACUGCUCGGACCAAUCAGAUGAGUCCCUAGAGCAGUGUGGCCGCCAGCCAGUGAUACACACCAAGUGCCCGGCCAGCGAGAUCCAGUGUGGCUCCGGCGAGUGCAUCCACAAGAAGUGGCGAUGUGAUGGGGAUCCUGACUGCAAAGAUGGCAGCGAUGAAGUCAACUGUCCUUCUCGAACCUGCAGACCUGACCAAUUUGAGUGUGAGGAUGGUAGCUGCAUCCAUGGCAGCAGGCAGUGUAACGGGAUCCGAGACUGUGUCGACGGCUCUGAUGAAGUCAACUGCAAAAACGUCAAUCAGUGCCUGGGCCCUGGAAAAUUCAAGUGCAGAAGCGGGGAGUGCAUAGACAUCAGUAAAGUAUGUAACCAGGAGCAGGACUGCAGGGACUGGAGUGAUGAGCCCCUGAAAGAAUGCAAUGUGAAUGAAUGCUUGGUUAAUAAUGGUGGAUGUUCCCAUAUCUGCAAAGACCUAGUGAUAGGCUACGAAUGUGACUGUGCAGCUGGGUUUGAACUGAUAGAUAGGAAAACCUGUGGAGAUAUUGACGAAUGCCAAAAUCCGGGAAUCUGCAGUCAAAUUUGUAUCAACUUAAAAGGCGGUUACAAGUGUGAAUGUAGUCGUGGCUAUCAAAUGGAUCUUGCCACUGGCGUGUGCAAGGCAGUAGGCAAAGAGCCAAGUCUGAUCUUCACGAAUCGAAGAGAUAUCAGGAAGAUUGGCUUAGAGAGGAAAGAAUAUAUCCAACUAGUUGAACAGCUAAGAAACACCGUGGCUCUCGAUGCUGACAUUGCUGCUCAGAAACUUUUCUGGGCUGAUCUAAGCCAAAAGGCCAUCUUCAGUGCCUCAAUUGAUGACAAGGUUGGUAGACAUGUUAAAAUGAUCGACAAUGUCUAUAAUCCUGCAGCCAUUGCUGUUGAUUGGGUGUACAAGACCAUCUACUGGACUGAUGCGGCUUCUAAGACUAUUUCAGUAGCUACCCUAGACGGAACCAAGAGGAAGUUCCUGUUUAACUCGGACUUGCGAGAGCCCGCCUCCAUAGCUGUGGACCCAUUAUCUGGCUUUGUUUACUGGUCAGACUGGGGUGAACCAGCUAAAAUAGAAAAAGCGGGAAUGAAUGGAUUUGAUAGACGGCCGCUGGUGACAGCGGACAUCCAAUGGCCUAACGGAAUUACACUUGACCUUAUAAAGAGCCGCCUCUAUUGGCUUGACUCUAAGUUGCAUAUGUUAUCCAGUGUGGACUUGAAUGGCCAAGAUCGUCGGAUAGUGCUGAAGUCUCUGGAGUUCCUAGCUCAUCCUCUCGCACUAACAAUAUUUGAGGAUCGUGUCUAUUGGAUAGACGGGGAGAAUGAAGCCGUCUAUGGUGCCAAUAAGUUCACUGGAUCAGAGCUGGCCACUCUAGUUAACAACCUUAACGAUGCCCAAGACAUCAUUGUGUACCAUGAACUUGUACAGCCAGCAGGUAAAAAUUGGUGUGAAGAAGACAUGGAGAAUGGAGGAUGUGAAUACCUAUGCCUGCCAGCACCACAGAUUAAUGAUCACUCUCCAAAAUAUACCUGUUCCUGUCCCAAUGGGUACAAGCUGGAAGAAAAUGGCCAGCAGUGCCAACGGAUCAACGUGACCACAGCAGUGUCGGAGGUCAGCGUUCCCCCAAAAGGGACUUCUGCUGCCUGGGCCAUCCUUCCCCUCUUGCUCUUAGCAAUGGCAGCAGUAGGCGGCUACUUGAUGUGGCGGAAUUGGCAACACAAGAACAUGAAAAGCAUGAACUUCGACAAUCCUGUGUACUUGAAGACCACUGAAGAGGACCUGUCAAUAGACAUUGGUAGACACAGUGCUUCUGUGGGACACACGUACCCAGCAAUAUCAGUUGUAAGCACAGACGAUGAUCUAGCUUGACUUCUGAGACAAGGCUUGACCUUUGAGGUCUAAACCAAUAACACCCCACUUCGGAAUGGUAACCGAGCCAGCAGCUGAAGUCUCUUUCUUCCUCCAGCCUGGAAGAAAUGUCAAGAUAUCUUUGCGUGGAUCAAGCUUGUAUACUUGACUGUUUUUAUAUUACUUUUGUAAAUAUUCCUGUCCACAUUCUACUUCAGCUUUGGAUGUGGUUACCAAGUAUCUGUAACCCUUGAAUUUCUAGACAGUAUUGCCACCUCUGGCCAAAUAUGCACUUUCCCUAGAAAGCCAUAUUCCAGCAACGAAACUUGUGCUGUAGUGUAUACCACCUGUACAUACAUUGUAUAGGCCAUCUGUAAAUAUCCCAGAGAACAAUCACUAUUCUUAAGCACUUUGAAAAUAUUUCUAUGUAAAUUAUUGUAAACUUUUUCAAUGGUUGGGACAAUGGCAAUAGGAUAAAACGGGUUACUAAGAUGAAAUUGCCAAAAAAUUUGUAAACUAAUUUUGUACGUAUGAAUGAAAUCUUUGACCUCAAUGGAGGUUUGCAAAGACUGAGUGUUCAAACUACUGUACAUUUUUUUUCCAAGUGCUAAAAAAAUUAAACCAAGCAGCUUAACCAUG